CGUUCCAAUAAUACUGAAUCUUAGGAGUCGAUUCCGCUCUUGACACUCAGAAAUGGGAGUCAGCACCGGGAGUCGAGGAAUCAAUUAUUUUGUAUAAUACUCUCUACCACUAUGUCAUUGUUGUUAAGUUCGUAAAAAGAGGCCUGUAUGGCAAUACAAUAGAGAGUGAUGUGCCCAGCUACGCAGUCCUACCACCCUCUCUGCCUGCCUGGCACACACUGGCCCCACUACGUCGCCCUGCUGCUAGCCCUGCCAUCUGUGUGGAGCCGCAUCCCUGUGUGUGCAUGCUGGUGUGUCCGUGCCCCCGGGCACCAUGUCAAGGAAUAAGGCUGUUCGCCAGCUGAUAGGGCCGUUCCAGACAGUGGGUUUGCAUAGUCGCUGGCACAGGCCACUGGCCAUAUAUUAACCCCGAUGCUUUAGUAGAGAGACCCUAGCAACAACACUGUUUGUUUGUGGGAGCCGGGGUUAGGGUUGGGGUGUGUUUUGGUUUUAUGAGCGGGAAUUUACCUUAAGUCAAUAUUGAGGAAUGAGGCCAAGGAACGAGGACUUCUCAUAACAUACAUUCGAAUUAUCCUUCGGUUUGUGUAUUUUAGGCCGUGAAUAAAUGUGGCAUGUGUAUAUACAGUACCAGUCAAAAGUUUGGACACACCUACUCAUUCAAGGGUUUUUCUUUAUUUUGACUAUUUUCUACAUUGUAGAAUAACAGUGACGAUUUUCAGAACUAUGAAAUAACGAUUAUGGAGUCAUGUAGUAACCAAAAACGAAAUUUGUUUUAUAUUUGAGAUUCUUCAAAGUAGCCACCCUUUGCCUUGAUGACAGCUUUGCACGCUCUUGGCAUUCUCUCAACCAGCUUCAUGAGGUAGUCACCCGGAAUGCAUUUCAAUCAACAGGUGUGGCUUGUUCAAAGUUAAUUUGUGGAAUUGUAGAAAAUAGUAAAAAUAAAGAAAAAUCCUUGAAUGAGUAGAUAUGUCCAAACUUUUGACUUAAAUGUAUAAACAUUUAUGAAUGUGGUUUGCCGUAGUAAUUCUGGUAAUUCUGUCCAGUCUUUCUCUCCCUCUUUCUGUCUCGCUCCAUCAUUAUUCUCUUAAUCUCUGACCCAUCUGUCUUUCUCUGGAUUGUGCCACCACUCCCCCUCUCCCUCUCCUCUCCCUUUGGAAAACUUUUUUUUUUGCACCCCAUUGUUCGGAGCAGUAGGGGACAAUCAUUUGUUGUGUGUGUGUGUCGAGUAAUGUGUGUGAGAAAGUGGGGACAAGGCUGCAGACCUUUGCGGGCCGCAGUGUGUGUCGUUCUGCUCAGUGAGCACACAGGUUGGGGCUCUCGCCGAAGUUGAGGUAUUAGGGGUAACACGAUGCAGCCGGUCUCAGGGGGUCCCCACCACCACCAUAACUGCGUACAAACUCAAUGUAGCGCCCAGUUGGAGUUUGUGCAGAUCCUGGUGAUCGUGGUGGUGAUGAUGGUGAUGGUGGUGGUGAUCACCUGCCUGCUCAACCACUACCGCCUGUCAGCACGCUCCUUCAUCUCCAGGCACAGCCAGGCUCGCAGGCGCCACCUACCACUGGCCUCAGAUGGGAGUCUGUGGUCCUCAGAUGGCCCAGGGUCCACCAGUGGAAUGAGCGAGCAGCAGGUGUACACCCCCCGGCCCCCGGACCGCGGCCCCUCCUACCUGCAGAGGGAGCGUCUGGCCCGCUUCCAGCCCACCUACCCCUACCUGCCCCAUGCCAUCAUUGACCUGCCGCCCACCAUAUCGCUGUCGGACGGCGAGGAGCCCCCGCCCUACCAGGGCCCCUGCACCCUGCAGCUUCGCGACCCCGAGCAGCAGCUGGAGCUUAACAGGGAGUCGGUGCGCGCGCCCCCCAACCGCACUGUCUACGACAGCCACCUCCUCGAUACCUCCCUGUGCCCGCCGCCCAGCCUCAAUGCAGGAGUCAGUGCUACCACUGUAGCCACAUCCGCACAGGCCUACUCCAGCCGAGUGGAAGGGGCGCCGCCGACUUAUAGUGAGGUUAUAGGGCACUACUACCACCCCUCUUCCCUGCCCAGGCACCACCACCAGACUUCUAGUGGCAGUGGGGGCAUGGGGGGCGGAUGCGGGUUAGGAAGCCCGGGUCCCUCGCUGCUCCACGGGAUACUCCAGCAGGCCCACCUGGGCAGCUUGGAGAGCAGGAACGCACGCAACAAAAAGGAGAAGCAGAAGCCUCGGCAAGUGUGACGGCAGUGUUGGUGUCGGCUGUUUAUUUCUUUCUCUGCGCACUUCAGCUGAACUGUUGGUGUCGGGCAGGGUUGGGGAGGGGAGGUCGACAUGGGGUGGCAGGGGGAGGCAGACGUUAAAAAAAAGAAAUGCCUCCCCUCUGAACUUUACCCCCCCGGUCACCGUCUUAACUGACAACCGUCGCCCCUGACUUACUUUGUAUAAAUAUUUACUUGUUCUUUGUUGUCUCCGUGCUUACAGCUUUUUUUCUAUACUGACAAAUGCGAAAACAAAAAAAAAGUUACAUUUUUUAUUUUAUUUUGUAUUUAGGUUUAUUUUGUUUUUGUAUGCCUUUUGCAUCAUUUCUAGUCACUUAUCUCCUUGUAGUUUAUCCUUAGUUGCUCCGAGAGUCUUUUAGAAUGACCAGGUCUUCCUUUUUUAGAUGCAGAUGGCUCUUAGUGAGCCGCCACCUAACCCCGUCUGGCUUUGUGUACUGUCCGUGUACAGGCUUGUACAGUGCAUUGAUAGCAACCUUGUAUCAGGUUGCCAGAUUCAGGCUCUCACGGGUUGCCAGAUUGAAGCUCAUAUGUUAGCCCUAGUUAGCCUCAGCUCAUGACCCAGUUAGCCACAGUGCCAACACCCCCGUCGCUCAUCAAUCCACAUCAAAGGGUGAAUAAGUUUAGCGAUGUGGUGGUCAGCGUUGGCAUCCAUGGAAACACAUGAUUGACAGCUGACUGGGUCUGUGUAUCAACAUGAGCACUGGAAUAGAGAGUCCUUUGAGGUCAAUUGAGUACAGUACUUUGCCCACUGUAGUGCUUUAUGGCUAUCUUGCUGUACUAUCUGGACCCAUCUGAGUUUAGUACUGUACUUUGGGUCUUGUCCAGUUGAUUUUAGUACUGUCUUUGGGUCUUUGGACAGACAAGUUCAGGAGUUCCCGUGUGCAAAUGCUCUUCAUUUUUUUCUGGAUCUUUUUUAAAGAGAUGUUUGCACAAGAUUCAAGACUGUUUAUCUGGAGAAAAAGAAAAGAAGUCUGCAAUAUGUAUCAUAAGAGAGGAGAGUGUGGGCAGGGGUAUUUUUGUAAACAUGGAUUCUAAAGAGAAAAAUACAUUUUUGUUUUUUUGUCUGCUCUAGAAAUAAAAGUGAAAACGGUCAUCUGUUGGGGUGCCAACUCAAAUGUGUUUAACAUUGUGCUAUCUAUACAUAUACAUCCGUAUGUAUAUGUAUCAAUGUAUGUGUGUAAACAUAUAUACACACGGAAAAACAAAGUUAAAAAGCACGAUUUUAGAGUUAUUUAUAUAAUUGUUGAAAAUAAUUGCACUAUUUUUUUAUAUAACGAAAUGGAAUGAGGAAAAACGAGACCUGUAGUUUUGCGUGCAUGUGUGAUCAUGAGUGACAGAGCCCUCAACCUUUGAACCCCCAACUUUGAACUCCAGUUCAAGUUUAUUAUCUGCAGAGCCCCCAGAUUUCUGACCAGAAGUAGGGUGAAGUUGCUCCUAGACGCUGAUGUUGGGUCAGUUUAGCUUUUUCCCUACUAAUGGGUAAGGCAAGGAUAGGGGAAGAGAAGCUGAUCAUAGAUCUGUACCUAGGGGAAACUGCAUCUGACCACCAUUUCAUAGGACUGCAGCGUACAGUAGCCUACUACACAAAACAGCAGUACUGUAAGGCCAAAAUCUGACUUAAAACAUUUUGUGCGUGACUUUCAAAUUGAUCUCCUAUUGAUUUUAGGCAAACGUUAGAGUUAAAGUUGCAGAUUUUUAUUCAGGAUUCUGCUAGUAGGCCCUAUUCCAUAUGCUUAACUCUUUCACCUUUCAAGGCCUUUAGAAAUUCAAAAUCAACACAACUCCAUUAACCUCAAUUACCUAUUAUCACUCAAGAUGUAUUUGUCAAAUCAUUUAUUUUGACAAACUACCUCAACAAGCAACACGUGAAGCACGCAGUCUCACAUACCUUCAGAUAUUUUCAUGAUUAGUGCCCGUAAUGAAUUUCACCUCAUGGAUUUUUUUGUUUUUAAUGCAAGCCUCCACCAUGUGUAGGUUUGGAACAGAAAAAGAUUAAUCAGGAAACUGAAGUUGGAGUGGUGACCUUCACCACUUUCCUCUAAGCUUUGUAUCUGAAUGUCAGGCCUUUGAAGCGGCCAGGUGAGAGCGAGUGCUUUGUCAAUAGAGAGCAUGACUGAGCGUUUAGCAGGCAACUGUACGCUGCACACAUCCUCCUACCGUCUGGGCUUUUCUCCAACAGGCAUCUCUUAGCACUUUAAUGAAGAAGGAGAGAGAUGCAAUCUCCCUCAGUCAGCAUUGGUCUCACUUCAAUAUUGAUAUUAUGCAACUGCUCCCUCUGAGGUGAGACUCAAACUGCAAGGGCGCCCAACUUAAGAUGGUAUCACAGCAAAGAAGAGAGAUGUGUAUGUGACAAUAAUAAAAUACAAAUAAUAUAUAUAUAUAUAUAUAUAUAUAUAUAUAUAUAUAUACACAUAUAUAUAUAUAUAUAUAUACACACACGUGUGCACACACACAGUGAGCUCCAAAAAUUGGUACAGUGACACAUUUUUGGUUGUUUUGGCUUUGUACUCCAGCAAUUUGGAUUUGAAUUUAUAUAAUGACUAUGAGGUUAAAGUGCAGACUGUCAGCUUUAAUUUGAGGGUAAUUUCAUCCAUACCGAGUGAACUGUUUAGAAAUUACAGCACGUUUUGUACGUAGUCCCUUCAAUUUAGGGGACCAAAAGUAUUGGGACAAAUUCACUUAUGUGUAUUAAAGUAGUCAAAAGUUAAGUAUUUGGUACCAUAUUCAUAGCACGCAAUGACUACAUCAAGCGUGUGAUUCUACCAAUUAGCAUUUUCCUUUUGUUUUGGUUGUAUUUCAGAUUAUUUUGUGCCCAAUAGAAAUGAAUAGUAAAUGAUGUAUUGUGUCAUUUUGGCGUUCACCCCAUAUGGAUAAAAAAUAUAUAUAUUUAAAGCUGACAGUCUGCACUUUAACAUAGUCAUUGUAUAAUUUCAAAUCCAAAGUGCUGGAGUACAGAGCUAAAACAACAACAAAAAUGUGUCACUGUUCCAAUACUUUUGGAGCUCACAUAUACAGGACCAGUAAAAAGUCUGGACACAUCUACUCAGUCAAGGGUUUUUCUUUAUGUUUACUAUUUUCUACAUUGUAAAAUAAUAGUCAAGACAUCAAAACACAUGGAAUCAUGUAGUAACCAAAAAAGUGUAUUUUAGAUUCUUCAAAGAAGCCACCCUUUGCCUUGAUGAUAGCUUUCCACACUCUUGGCAUUCUCUUAACCAGCUUGACCUGGAAUGCUUUUCCAACAGUCUUGAAGGAGUUCCCACAUAUGCUGAGCACUUGUUGGCUGUUUUUUCUUCACUCUACGGUCCAACUCAUCCCAAACCAUCUCAAUUGGGUUAAGGUCUGGUGAUUGUGGAGGCCAGGUCAUCAGAUGCAGCACUCCAACACUCACCUGCUUGGUCAAAUCGCCCUUACACAGCCUGGAGGUGUGUUGGGUCAUUGACCUAUUGAAAAGCAAAUGAUAGUCCCACUAAGCACAAACCAGAUAGGAUGGUGUAUCGCUACAGAAUGCUGUGGUAGCCAUGCUGGUUAAGUGUGCCUUGAAUUCUAAAUAAAUUACUGAUAGUUUCACCGGCAUGGCACCAUCACACCACCUCCUCCAUGCUUCACUGUGGGAACCACACAUGCGGAGAUCAUCCGUUCACACACUCUGCGUCUCACAAAGAGAUUGGAACCAAACAUCUCAAAUUUGGACUCAUCAGACCAAGCAAGUAUCUUCUUAUUGGUGUCCUUUGGUAGAGUUUCUUUUCAGCAAUUCGACCAUGAAGGCCUGAUUCACGCAGUCUCAUCUGAACAGUUGUUGUUGAGAUGUGUCUAUUACUUGAACUCUGUGAAGCAUUUAUUUGGGCUGCAAUUUCUGAGUCUGGUAACUCUAAUGAACCUAUCUUCUGCAGCAGAGGUAAAUCUGGGUCUUCCUUUCCUGUGGUGGUCCUCAUGAGAGCCAGUUUCAUCAUAGCGCUUGAUGGUUUUUGCGACUGCACUUGAAGAAACUUUCAAAGUUCUUGAAAUGUUCUAUAUUGACUGACCGUCAUGUCUUAAAGUAAUGAUGGACUGUCAUUUCUCUUUGCUUAUUUGAGCUGUUCCUGCCAUAAUAUGGACUUGGUCUUUUACCAAAUAGGGUGAUUUUCUGUAUACCACCCAUACCUUGUCACAACACAACUGAUUCGCUCAAAUGAAUUAAGAAGGAAAGAAUUUCCACAAAUUAACUUUUAGCAAGGCACACCUGUUAAUUGAAAUGCAUUCCAGGUGAAUACCACAUGAACCUGGUUGAGAGAAUGCUAAGAGCGUACAAAGCUGUCAUCAAGGCAAGGGGUGGCUACUUUGAAGAAUCUCAAAUAUAAAAUGUAUUUUGAUUUGUUUAGCACUUUUUUGGUUCCUACAUGAUUCCAUAUGUGUUAUUUCAUAGUUUUGAUGUCUGCACUAUUAUUCUACAAUGUAAAAAAUAAAGAAAAACCCUGGAAUGAGUUGGUGUGUCCAAACUUUUGACUGCUACUGUAUAUAUGUACAAACGUGUGUGGACACCCUUUCAAAUGAGUGGAUUAGGCUAUUUCAGCCACACCUGUUGCUGACAAGUCUAUAAAAUCGAGCACACAGCCAUGCAAUCUCUAUAGGCAAACAUUGGAAGUAGAAUGGCCUUACUGAAGAGCUCAGUGACUUUCAAUGGGGCACUGUCAUAGGAUGCCACCUUUCCAACAAGUCAGUUCAUCAAAUUUCUGCACUGCUAGACCUGCCCCGUUUUACUGUAUGUGCUGUUAUUGUGAAGUGGAAACGUCUAGGAGCAACAACAGCUCAGCCCUGAAGUGGUAGGCCACACAAGCUCACAGAACGAGACUGCCGAGUGCUGAAGCGCAUAGUGCGUAAAAAUUGUCUGUCCUCAUUUGCAACACUCACUACCGAUCUCCAAACUGCCUCUGGAAGCAACGUCAGCACAAUAACUGUUCUUUGGGAGCUUCAUUAAAUGGGUUUCCAUGGCCGAGCAGCCGCACACAAGCCUAAGAUCACCAUGCGCAAUGCCAAGUGUUGGACUUCAUUGGACUCUGGAGCAGUGGAAACACGUUCUCUGGCAUGAUGAAUCACGCUUCACCAUUUGGUGAAUCUGGGUUUGGCGGUUGCCAGGACAACGCUAUCUGCCCUAAUGCAUAGUGCCAACUGUAAAGUUUGAUGGAGGAAUAAUGGUCUGGGGAUGUUUUUCGUAGUCGGGCUAUGCGCCUUAGUUCCAGUGAAGGAAUAUCAUAACGCUACUGCAUACAAUUACAUUCUAGACAAUUCUGUGCGUCCAACUUUGUGGCAACAGUUUGGGGAAAGCAUUUUCCUGUUUCAGCAUGCCAAUGCCUCCAUGCAAAAAGCGAGCUCCAUACAGAAAUAGUUUGUUGACAUCGGUGUGGAAGAACUUGACUGGCCUGCACAGAGCCCUCACCUCAACCCCGUCGAAAACCUUUGGGAUGAAUUGUAACGCUGACUGUGAGCCAGGCCUAAUCGUCCAAAAUAAGUGCCCGACCUCACUAAUGCUCUUGUGGCUGAAUGGAAGCAAGUCCCCACAGCCAUGUUCCAACAUUUAGUGGAAAGCCUUCCCAGAAGAGUGGAGGCUGUUAAUGCAGCAAAAGGGGGACCAACUCCAUGUUAAUGGACAUGACUUUGGAAUGAGAUGUUCGAAAAGCAGUUGUCCACAUACUUUUGGUCAUGUAGUGUAUGUCUAAGACACCAGACAAGGAUGUCUGCUUGCCCCUUGCGCUUUCUUCCCGUUGGCCCCACUUUAUUUAUUUCUUAUGUUUAAAUUUUAUUUUAGGACAAAUACCUGAAUUAAAAUAAAAAUGUCUGACCCUUCAUGAGCAAGCAGCCAAAGGAUUGAUCUAAGGGGUGUGGCCAUUUGACCUCUGACCCCUAGUGACAUCUCAUGAUGCAGUUUGAUGCCCUCAGAGGGGAGCUUGGGCAGGUUUCCUGGUUCGAUUUCAGUCUUUGCUUCAGGGAAACCAGUGCUGACUGAUUACAAUGCAGGCAGGGUGGGGAAGUGACACAUUACAAACCAAAAAAAAGGAACCACUAUUGGCAUACCGUACUAAACCAUACUGCUGUUUAACCUUGACAUAACACUUUCAUGGCAUUAUGCCUGUCGUAACAUUCUAUGACUGUUCAUUACAAUAAAACAAUAUCAGUACUUGAAAUUAAAUGUCACGUAUAAUGACGACACAUGCUAAUGACAACUACAUAAUGUGGGUAUCCUGUCAAUUUGCAUGAAGUAAAGAGCUAUAUUUUCCUCUGAACUCUAAACCUUUCAACAUUUCUGUUAAUACAAUGCACUUCGUACAUAAAUUGAAGGCAUUGCAAGCUCCAAUAAUUCUCAUUCAUAAUGAAGGCAUUGCAAGCUCCAAUAACCUAACAUAUUUGGGUGCAUUGUUUUUGUACACUACCUUACCCAUCUAAGGACUUCUUACUGUCUAGACUGGGUGCUCAGAUGAAAGCAAACAGAACCACUCAGACAAAACAAAUAAUACUGAAUAUUCCAAAUGGUGUUCCCUUAUAUCCUUAUCACCCCCUGUCCCCAUCUGAAAUGAGCUCCUACAGUUCCAGAGAGAUGCCUGUGUCCCAUGAUGGAGUCCCACAUAGACCUUCCUCGUGUUGCCAUUGGCUGGGUGUCGGUCCCCUUGGAAAUGUUCAGUGUUUAUGUGCGCCUGCCUGUGAUGAUAGAUUAGGCUCCGUCUGUGCUGUCAGUCUAGACAGCCUAGACUUGCCCUAGACUGACUCACAAAAUGACAGACGUAUGGAUGAUAAUGUUGACAGAGGUGUCGCGGAGAGUGUUGCAAUAUACCUACUAUUUGCCUUUUGAUAAUGUAGUAAUUGUUUAACUUAGAGAAAUGUAAUGGUUGUUUUUUUUCUUCCGUUUUUUUUCUUUUUAAAAAUAUAUUUUUGCUCCAAUUCAUUGUACACGCAUGUAAGGGUUUUGCUGUAUGAAUAACAGAACAUUUAUUCCAUGGUUUGACCACCAGGUGUCUUCACUAACGAUAUUGUCUACCAUAGUGAGUCAGGCUUUGGAGACAAUAGCCCAAACCAGGUUGGGCAUCACUUUGUUUCAAUGCAGCCAGUACCACAGGUUUCUGCACUUUAUUUAAACUGGUAGAGUUGAUGGGAAGUACUUUUAGGUGACCAAGUGCCAGAACAAUGCCUUUGCUCCUAUUCGCUAUUAGAGAACCCUUUAGUCAUCUUCAACAUGCGCUAUAGUACUUAGUGUGGAAUAUAUGCCUCUAGCUUUUACAAGUACAAGGAACAACCAGAUGGGGACAGGCUCAAAGGCAUCACCCUGGGCAAGAACCUUCUUUACCUUCGUCCACCCUCCCAACUACAGCCUCCUUGACCAGUGUGAACCUUACGGAGUCCAUAUUAGGACAGCUGAGAUUAAAGCCAUCCUAAUAUGGACACCAUAGAGUGGACCUGGAUGGGUUAAAUUCUGCCAUAUUACCUAUUGGUCUAUAUACCCAAAUCACUAUAGAUUCCCUUCACCACCACAUGCUCAGUUUCUAGAUGUGUGCCUUUGAGGAUUUAGUGGUUGAGACUUUUUUUGUAAUGUGUUAUAGCGCAAUUUUCCUCCUCUGGAUUCUGUUGCCUUUUUCACAUGAAACAAAUCGCCCUUGUUAUUUACAAUUCCCAAAAAUACAAUAGAGAAUUGACUCCCAUGUUCUAUCAUACGAUGAUCAUUUCCAACUUCGCUGCAUGCAUACCGAUAAGAGUAAAUAUCAACCUUGAAGCACUAAAGUAAACCAAAUGGGUGAAGCAUUGGGAUGGAGAGGGCCCAGCUCUAUGAAUAUAGAACAUAGCAAACAGAACCUGUCCUAUUAUGCAGUACAUGUCCCACUACUGCAUUAUAAAACAAGGGUUCGUACUUUGCUCCAUUGUGAUCAUCAUCUGCUUUAGAUUCCGAUAUUUCCUUCAAUAAGUUACUGUUGAGGGUUUCAGUGUGGGGGGAAAAAAAGCAUUUCCAAAGAAGGAAUCAUCCUAACCAGACUCUUUUAGACUGUCAAGGGUCAAAAUGACUUGAACUUUGUUAUUUUCCUUUGUUUUGACAGUUUUUUUUGACUGUUCUGUUGCUUUGCUUGUUUUGCCCUUCAAAUUAGCAAUGCUUUGAGUCUUUUCUUUUUUGAAAUAAAUAAAUGAGCGAUGAUAAAAAAUAUAUAUAUGGUUGCAGUAUAAGCAUAUUUAUCAAACUCUUAAGCAAUUUAUUAACUGUACAGAAAAACCGACUAUCCUGGUGCUUAUUUUGUUAUGACGCUUUGUGUACUGAUGAAGAGGUAAUGUUGUACUGUCUAUAUAAAAUCAGUUCUAUUCUAUAACAUGUUCUAUGCCGAGAUGUAUUGCAGUAAAUAUAUAGAUGCCUACUGUUGUCGACAAUAAUUGCUUACGUGUAUCAACAUUGUUUAUUUAAAUUUAUAUUGGAUCCUUAAAGUGUUACUGGGUUUGUAUCUCUAUUUGAUAAGAACAGGAGACAAUGUCUAUAACAGAACAUGCUAUGAAUCUGAUACAUUUCAAUUAGCCCCCAAUUAAACAAGUAAAAACAUUUUAUAAAAACUG